AAACAGAAGUUAAGAGGAACGCAAGGGGAGGGAGAUGUAAUUUAGCCCAAAAUUGAGACGCGGUUCGGAAACGGAAACGGAGACAGACGCCCCUACCUGUGGAUUCUUUGACGGAUCGGAACUCUCCGGCGAGUGACAGCCGCCGCGGAUGGAGGGAGUUGGGGCCAGACUUGGCCGGUCGUCGAGCCGGUACGCUCCGGCGCCGGCGGUUUUCAACGGGCCGGUCAGGAAGUGGAAGAAGAAAUGGGUCCACGUGGUAUCAUCCUCCGCCGGCAACAAUGGCUCUUCGUAUAAUCCUAAUCCUCAAACUGCCAAUCACAAUGGUACGAUCGUUAACGGAAAUAACGGCUCGCACCUCUUGCUCUACAAGUGGACCCCUGUUACCCAGCCCCAAAACAACGAUAACAGUAAAAACAGCAUCGCCGACCAUAGCUCCACCAAGGACGCCGCCGCCGCCACUGGAUCCGCCAGUGCCGACGAGGAGCCGCCUCGCCGUAAAUUCAAGUAUAUUCCGAUUGUUGUGCUAGAAGAACAAAAAAUUGAGGCUCUAGAAAAUGAGGCUGCAGAAAAGGUUGUCAAUGAAGCUAAGCCUAAUGAUACUGAUUCGAAUACAGCACAACCAACUUCCAAGAGUGAUGGGUUGGGUGAAAAACCUGACAUCAAUGAUCUGCCCAUGGAAGAAAAUCAGGCUCUGAACGAUAAUCCAUUAGCAAGGCAAGAUCUGAAUGAAAGCACGCUGGAUCUAAGUCUGGCUUGAAGGCCCCAUGAAUCUGAUUUAAAGACAGGUCAGAGUAAAGACGCUCAGUUGGAAAGUGAACCAAGUAGUGAGGAAGCCUGGUUGGAGCCCUACUUUAAGAUUGUACCUGAAGUGGGUUGACAUAAGAAAUGACCUACUUACUGUUCUGUGCCUGUCUUAGAAACACAUUAUUUUUUCUUUUUCCUUUUUUUCCCCCCCUCUUUUCUAAUUGUGUUACAUCGUCUUCUAGCAGCAUAUUUAUGUAAGCUUGGUUCUUCAUCUGAUGCUCUCUUGCUGAGCCGACGACAAUUUGCACAGAUUCUAUGUGCUGAGAGUCAGAGCAACAACUGAAUACAUUGUUUGCCAUUAAUUCAAUGAAGUGAACUUGUUCCUUCCA